AAUGGGGCUGGUGGGGAGAGAAGAGGAGAAGAUUUCGUUUUAUGGUAAAAAAAGUCAUUUAUCUCGAUUAUUUCGCACGAAGAAAAAGAAGAAAACAAGGGGUCUGUUGUAUUUCAAAUACUAAGCCUCACAAAUAGGAUAUGAAAACUUUCUUCACAUUUGGAAUUGCACAGAAAAGACUAUUUAUCUCAUAGAGGCCUCCGUAAAAUUUUGGGAAAACGCCAAAGGAUGCUUUCUUAUUUGUCAAAGAAAAAUAAAAUACGUUAUAUAGAAUUAAUUAAUCAGUUAGAUAUUCGGGAAUCAAAAAAGCGUUAAUUGGAAGAGGUAUUUAGAAUUAUUUGAUUUAUUAGAUCUUGAAUUUGAAUGAACUAAUUUUUGCUCUCAGUAAUUCAUGAAAGAAUGAUUCGAAGAAAAACUUAUGAUUAUACCAGCUACAAGAAAAGACCUCAUGAUAGUAAAUAUGGGCCCCCAACACCCAUCAAUGCACGGCGUUCUUUGACUCAUCGUUACUCUCGACGGUGAAGAUGUUAUUGACUGUGAACCAAUAUUAGGCUAUUUACACCGAGGAAUGGAAAAAAUUGCGGAAAACCGAACAAUUAUACAAUACCUCCCUUAUGUAACGCAUUGGGAUUAUUUAGCUACUAUGUUUACGGAAGCAAUAACCGUAAAUGGACCAGAGUUGUUGGGAAAUAUCCAAAUACCUAAAAGAGCUAGCUAUAUCAGAGCAAUUAUGUUGGAGUUGAGUCGUAUAGCUUCUCACCUGUUAUGGCUCGGUCCUUUUAUGGCAGAUAUUGGGGCACAGACUCCUUUUUUCUAUAUUUUCAGAGAAAGAGAAUUAGUAUAUGAUCUAUUUGAAGCUGCCACCGGUAUGAGAAUGAUGCAUAAUUAUUUUCGUAUCGGAGGAGUAGCGGGUGAUUUACCUCAUGGCUGGAUAGAUAAAUGUUUAGACUUUUGCGAUUAUUUUUUAACAAAAGUUAUUGAAUAUCAAAAACUUAUUACACGAAAUCCUGUUUUUUUAGAACGAGUUGAAGGAGUAGGCAUUAUUGGGAGAGAGGACAUAAUAAAUUGGGGUUUAUCAGGCCCAAUGCUGCGAGCUUCUGGAAUACAAUGGGAUCUUCGUAAAGUUGAUCAUUAUGAAUGUUAUGAAGAAUUUGAUUGGGAAGUACAGUGGCAAAAAGAAGGUGAUUCAUUAGCUCGGUAUCUAGUCUGAAUUGGUGAAAUGACAGAAUCCAUAAAAAUUAUUCAACAGGCUUUAGAAGGAAUUUCAGGGAGGCCAUAUGAGAAUUUAGAAAUCCGAGACGUUGAUAGAGAAAGGAAUCCAGAAUGGAAUGAUUUUGACUAUCGAUUUAUUAGUAAAACACCUUCUCCUACAUUUGAAUUGCUAAAACAAGAACUCUAUG